AGGAAAUAGCGACUAGCGACAGCGACCUUUCGUGUCCUUAAACAUCAGUUUCUUGUAAGCUGUGGGCGUGUUAGUUUGGUUUUUACAGACGUCUGAUCUGAUCAUUGGUUUCUGUCUCGUUAAAUUCGAGUUUGUUUCAACAGUUUUGGCAAGCCUACCAAAAUGGUCUGGGUUACCAUCUACGAUAAGAUGGCUGGAAAGCCGAACACGCAAGUUUUGUAUGCUCAAAGCCAUUUAGAUCAUAUGUGUGCCUUGGACAUCGACAGCCAUGCAUCGUUCGUCCGUCUUUCGGGAAUUAUUUGCACGAUCGGACCGGCUUCAAGAUCCGUCGAAACUCUCGAAAAGAUGAUUGAAACGGGCAUGAAUAUCGCUCGAUUAAAUUUUUCUCAUGGCUCUCAUGAAUACCAUGCUGAGACGAUUAGCAACGUACGAAAAGCGCAGAAGAACUUAUCCAGUCGAUCAGGCAUUAACGUUCCUGUAGCGAUUGCUCUCGAUACAAAAGGUCCUGAAAUCCGUACUGGACUUUUGGAAGGCGGUGGAUCUGCUGAAGUCGAAUUACUUAAGGACCAAACGUUUAAAUUAUCUACCGAUAAGGCAUACAUGGAAAAAGGCAAUGCAAAUCUUGUUUACGUAGAUUACGAGAAUAUUUCUAAAGUAUUGAAAGUUGGAAGUCGCGUUUACGUUGACGAUGGUUUGAUUUCCCUCAUAGUUACUGCAGUCAAUCCUGAUGUAAUUGUAACUACUGUUGAAAAUGGUGGAAUGUUAGGUUCUCGCAAAGGUGUCAAUCUACCUGGAUCACCAGUAGAUUUGCCAGCUGUUUCUGAAAAAGAUAAAUCUGAUUUGCAAUUUGGUGUUGAACAAGACGUUGAUAUGAUCUUUGCGUCAUUUAUAAGAGAUGCUAAAGCUUUAUCAGAAAUUCGCGGAAUUCUUGGUGAAAAGGGAAAGAACAUUAAAAUAAUAUCCAAAAUUGAAAAUCAGCAAGGAAUGACAAAUCUUGAUGAAAUUAUCGACGCUUCUGAUGGUAUUAUGGUAGCACGUGGUGAUCUUGGUAUUGAAAUACCGCCAGAAAAAGUAUUCUUAGCACAAAAAUGUAUGAUCAGUAGAUGUAAUAAAGUUGGGAAACCAGUAAUUUGUGCUACGCAAAUGCUUGAGUCUAUGGUGAAGAAACCACGUGCAACUAGAGCUGAAACAUCGGAUGUAGCUAAUGCUAUACUUGAUGGUGCAGAUUGUGUCAUGUUAUCAGGUGAAACUGCCAAAGGAGAUUACCCAUUGGAGUGUGUGCGCACAAUGGCUAACAUCUGUAAAGAAGCGGAGGCUGUAAUUUGGCAGACACAAAUUUUCCAAGAUCUUACGCACAAAGCAUUACCACCAAUUGAUGCUACUCAUGCUAUUGGAAUCGCUGCUGUAGAAGUAUCCGUAAAAUGUGCAGCUAGUGCUAUUAUAGUAAUCACAACUACCGGCCGUUCAGCGCACAUAGUUGCAAAAUACAGACCACGUUGUCCAAUUAUAGCAGUAACUAGAUUCCAUCAAGUUGCACGACAAGCACAUCUUUAUCGUGGCAUUUUGCCCCUUUAUUAUGAAGAAGCGCCAUUAGCUGAUUGGGUGAAAGACGUUGAUGUACGCGUCCAGUGUGGUUUGAAAUUCGGCAAAGGCCGCGGUUUCAUUAAAUCUGGAGAUUCAGUUGUAAUAGUUACUGGUUUGAAACAAGGCCCAGGAUUUACGAAUACACUUCGUAUUGUGACGGUUGAAUAAAUGUACACUGGCUGUAUUGUAAAGAGCAGGAGAUACUAAAUAACUUUAGAUUUUGGAAAUUUAAUAUGUAACUUACAUUGUAUGAUGAUGUAUGAUAAACUUAGUAAAAUCAUUGAAAGGAUAACAAUCUAAA